AGCGCGUCGGUUGCUAAGUGGAUCCUUCUUAUAACUGUUUGCCAACAUCCUUUUCGCCAUGAGAACUUCUAUUAAAAUUUCCCUGAGGCUAAUCGCGCUCUUGGUUUGUUUCAUCUCCUGUCAGGCCACGCUGGAAAGGGAAAACGAGGGCAAUAAUAUGGCAAAUCACAAGUUGAGUGGCGUUAUACAGUGGAAGUACGAGAAGCGACCAUUUUGCAAUGCAUUUACAGGAUGUGGACGCAAGCGAACGUACCCCUCUUAUCCUCCAUUUUCCCUAUUCAAACGCAAUGAAGUCGAGGAUAAGCCCUAUAACAAUGAGUAUUUGUCUGAGGGCCUCAGUGAUUUGAUCGAUAUUAAUGCCGAACCCGCUGUGGAAAAUGUCCAGAAGCAAAUAAUGUCGCAGGCGAAAAUCUUCGAGGCCAUCAAGGAAGCCAGUAAGGAAAUCUUCCGGCAGAAGAACAAACAGAAAAUGUUGCAGAACGAGAAGGAAAUGCAACAGCUGGCGGAGCGUGAAAACAAAUAAAUCGGAACAAUCGGAUGAUUGGAAAUCGUAUUGACUGGAUAGUUACCACACUGGUUUUGUUAUUGUACAUAAUAUUAUUAUCUAUGACUCUUUGAAUUGCGAAAGAUUCUACAUCACUGGCAUGCAUUCAAUAAAAAA